AUGAGCAAAGAUGCGUUUGCUACACUAGUUAGCAUGCUUAAAAGAACUCAGUUUCUUAGAGACAAUCCUCAAAGGAAAUAUUACUUAGUAGAUGCAGGAUUUCAACUAAAAACUGAGUUCCUUGCUCCAUAUAGAAGUACUCGUUACCAUUUGAAGGAGUAUAGUGUUCAUCAACCAGAAAAUUCUCGAGAGCUUUUCAACCUUCAUCAUGCAUCUUUGCAAAAUGUAAUUGAAAGAGCCUUUGGUGUCCUAAAUAAAAGGUUUCCAAUUUUAGGAAGUGGGACAGAGCCAUAUUAUGAUGUUAACACUCAAGAAGAUAUUGUUUUGGCCUGUUGUAUUUUGCACAAAUGCCUCAUGGGUAUUGACCCCAAUGAAAGUCUUAUUGAGGAGGUUGAUACAAAGCUUAGAAGAGCACAAGUGCAAACUAAUGUGGCUAGAUCAAGUUUAGCUAAAGAAUGUAUGGAAAGAAAAUUGUUAAGGGAACGAAUAGCUACUGACAUGUGGAGGGAUUAUGAUAUAAAUCUUCCAUGA